AUGUCAAAUCUCAACAUCUGGGCCAUCUUCUUCGUUCUGUUCGCCGUGUGCUACAGCCAAUCAGACAGCCAAUUCACAGCCAGACUACGCUCAGAGCGAGAGGUGCCGCAGCGGAUGUCGCUCGGACGGCUGCUAGGGGUUGAUCAGGACGGAGAUCUACUUUUUGUCGUGCCGAAACGGGUGCCAAGGCAGACUGAUUUCGUGCCGUGCCGCUGGAAGCUGUGCACCAACUUCCUCGACAGCUACCGACAGCAACAACUUCUCAGACGC